AUGGAUUCAUUACUUGAACGUCAUCAAUCUGUCAUUCGUCAACUUCGUAAAGGUGAACCAUCAAAAGAUGUAAAAGAACUAUUCAAUGAAAUUGUUUUAUUUUUAAAUCAUACAAUACAUAAUGAAACUGAUGGUCUUCAUAUUUUAUCUGUAAUUUGUUAUGAAAUGGCAAGAUUUACUACUUUAAAUUUUUUUAAUGAUCUCGAAAUAAUAAAUCAUAAAUUUUUUCUUAUACUCAAUAAAACAUUUCAAAUGUUAUUCACCAAAUUAACUUUUGUUUCUUUAACAAAACAAGAUGAACAAUGUAUUGAUGGAAUUAGUUUAUUAAUAAGAAAUUUAUGUUUAUAUAAAAAUAAAAUAUCAACAAAUUUUUAUAUUGAUAAUAAUGAAAAAUUGAAUCCAGAUAAUAAAGAAAUAUUUAAAUUACUAUCAUAUGAAAAAAUAUUUUUUACAGAAUUAUUUAUUAAAAAAUUUGUAAGACUUAUAGAAAAUGAUAUAGUUAUUAAUAAUUAUGAAUCAUAUCAUAUUAAAUAUAAAAUUAUUGAUCGUUUACUUCAUGUUUUUAUAAAGUUAAAUGAUAUUGAUAAAAGAUUAAUUCUUGAUUCUAUUGUUAAAUGUUUAGAAUCAAAAAUUUAUACAAAUUUAUAUAAAACUAUUAAUCUUAGCCAACAUAUAUUAAAUCCACAGCAAUCAUUCUUUAUGUAUACAUGUCCAAAAUUUAUUCGUUUAUGUAGUUACAAACGACAGGAUGAUAUAUCCAAUGUAUUAUCGAAAUCAAUAAUAAAAUAUCAUGAUGAUAUUUUUGAAAAAUAUUCAUCGAGUGUUUCAGAAAGUGAAGUUACAUUAAAUCAAUCGAUCGCUUGGUAUGUUGAAUUAUUAAAUCAUAUUGCUUUAACGCCGACAACAAGAGAGUUUUUUAUCAGAAAAUUCGAUGCCGGUAGAACGGUAAUAGAUCAAGUAAUUAACAUCUUAAAAGAAGAAUCAUUAAUAAAAAGUGUUAGUGAAAAUAUUGAAUUAUUUCAUCCUGAUGUUGCUCUUAUGUCAUAUUCAAUAACUGUGUUAUAUAACUUAACAUUUGAGAAGAAAAUCUUUCAUGAUUUAAAAGAUAAAAAAGUAAUAGAUAUUUGUAAACCAUUAUACAAUGCAAGAGACAAAACAAUACAAUUCGCAGCUCGAACACUAGCUGCGAUUUUGAAUAGAGAAGAUAUUGAUAAAAUAAAUAAUCCAUCGAUAAUAGCACGGUCUUAUUUAUAUCUUAUUGAAAAUACAAUUGACGAUGUAACACUUACAUAUCAUGGAAUUAAAUUAGAUGGUGUGUUAACCAAUCUUGAAGCAAUUGUUCAAAAUGAUGAUGUUAAAGAGGAAAUUGUUAAUGAUGAUGAUGGUAUACCAUUAUUAGCAAGAUGUGCAUAUGAAAAAAAUCUAGAUAUCGAAACAAUUCAAAUUCCAGCUCUUCGAAUUAUUGAUGCAGUUUCAUUUGUAAAUGAUUCAGCUGUAAAACAGAUAAAAGAAAAUGAUGAUCUAAUGGAUCAUGUUAAAGAUUUAUCCAAUAAUAAUGACAAAUAUCAAAGAGCAAUAGCUAAGCGUAUUUUAUGGAAAGUCGAAAAAGAAGUUGAAUUUAUGUCCAAACAAGAAAAACAAAAAAAACAAAAUCAAAUAAAAAUAAAAAAAAUUUUCGAUGAAAAACAAGCUGUUUAUCAAUAUGUUCGAGGUGAUCAUCAUUUUAAUUUAACUGAUCAUAAAACUUCAGAAAAAUUUGAUCUUAUGAUAAGUUAUUAUCCAGAUGAUAAAGAAAUUUGUUUGAAAAUUUAUAAUCGUUUAAUAGCAUCAGAUUUUUAUCGAAUUUUAUUUGAUAAAGAUAAUUUACAUAGUUCGAAUCCAAGAAUUAUGGCAGAAGCAAUUGAAAAAUCAUCUAUUAUUCUUAUGUGUUUUUCAUCUAAGUAUCGAAAUUCAUAUGCAUGUCGAUUAGAAGCUGAAUAUGCUAAGAAACGAGAACGACCAAUUAUUCCAGUAAAAAUCGAUCAUCAAUAUGAUCCAACAGGAUGGUUAGAAAAAAUUAUUGACAAUAAAAAAUAUAUUGAUUUUACAAAAUAUGAAUUUAACAUAAUGUUUGCUCAAUUAAUUGACGAAAUCAAUGAAAAAAAAUAUUUAAUUAUAGAUCUAAAUAUAAAAGAUUUUGUUUUAUUGCUUUCAUCGCACUCAUCGUAUUUCCUAAGGAAAACAAAAUAUACAAUGGCACAGAAGAAUACAAAAUUAAGCACGACAACAUCAUCAAAACAAACAAGUACAAUGUCCAAACCAGUUAACAUUCAAUCUUCAGUUAAAACUAUUCAAUCUCAAGAACAAUCAAUAGUCAAGACUACUUCAAUUAAAUAUCCACAAGAUAUUAUUGAAAAUUAUAUUAUUAUUUGGUUAGAUCCAAAUCUCGAUUUUUCGAAAGAAGAAAAUCAAAAAUUAAUUAAUCAACUUCGAUCUAUUGUUAAUACUAUAGAAACUUUAACUGAUAUUAAUCAAUGUAUUAAAUUUCUUGAACAAAUCAAAAAUGAAAAAGUCUUUUUAAUUAUUUCUGAUUGUUUUAUUAAAGAGAUUGCUUCAUUCGAAGAAAAAUUUACUCAACUCAAUUCAAUCUAUAUAUUCUGUAAUCGAAUAUUAAAAUCUAAUGAAAUUAUUCAAGCAUAUAAAAAAGGAAAAGGUAUUUUUACUCAAAUGAAACUUCUUUGCAAUGAACUAAAAAAAGAAAUUCAUCAAUUAAAUCAUGAUUUAUUACCAAUUAGUAUUAUUUCGACAUCAUCUAGUACUAAUUUGAAUGAACUCGAUCCAUCAUUUAUGUAUUUUCAAUUAUUGAAAGAAAUUGUUUUCAAAAUGAAAUACGAUCGUAAGAUUGACAUACAACAACUUACUAAUUAUUGUCGUCCAAUUUAUGAUAAAGAUGAAGACGAGAGAAGAAGAAUUAUUGAAUUCCAAGACAAUUAUAGUCAACAAACACCAAUUUGGUGGUACACUCUAGAAUGUUUUCUUUAUCAUAUGCUUAAUAAGGCUUUAAGAACUAUGGAAAUUGAAACUAUUAUUAAAAUGGCAUUUUUUAUACGAGAUCUUCAUGAGCAAAUCAAACAACUUCAUUUAAAAUUAGAUAUUAAUGAAAUUCCGACUACUCUAUAUCGAGGUCAAGGUAUGUUCAAUGAAGAUUUUGAAAAAUUAAGGAAAACAAAGGAUGGUCUAUUGUCUUUUAAUUAUUUCCUCUCGACAACAACUGCAAUAACUAUUGCCAAAAGAUUUGCUAGUUCAAAUCAACAUGAUUCCAAAAAGACAGCUAUUCUAUUUGAAAUAAAAAUUGAUCCAUCAAUUUCAUCUGUUCCUUUUACUCCAAUUAGCAACCUAAGUGAUUGUCCUUUAGAAGAAGAAAUUCUUUUUUCAAUGUCUAGUGUCUUUCGAAUUGGUACCAUAGAAGAAAUCGAUGAUCAUCUAUGGAAAGUUAAUUUGACAUUGACAGAUGAUAGAGAUCCAUUACUCAAACGUCUUACUGAUCAUAUGCGAAUAUCACUUGGUGAUGGAAGUGGAUGGCGUCAACUAGGUCAAUUAAUGAUUAAGAUGGGGAAAUUUGACAAAGCUUUAGAGAUUUAUAAUGUAUUACUCAAAAAUGUUGAUUCUAAUGACAAAGCAGAAAAUGCUUUUCUACAUAAUCAAUUGGGAUAUAUUUUGAAACAAAAAGGUGAAUUAAAAGAAGCAUUUUCUCAUUAUGAAGAAUCCGUUAACAUUAGUCGAACAUAUAUGUCCGAUAUUGAUCCUCGACUCUCUAGUAUAUAUUCGAAUAUUGGUGGAAUUCUUAAAAAAUUAGGUGAUUCUAAUAGAGCAUUGAAAUUUUAUCAACUUGUUCUUACGAUUGAUCUUGCUGCUCCGAAACCUAAUCAAUUAGAAAUUGCUAUUGAUCAUAAUAAUAUUGGUUCGGUACUUGAUGAUCAGGGAAAAUAUGGUGAGGCACUCAAAAGUUAUGAACAAGCAUUAGAUAUUAAACUUACACAUCUUCCACCUCAUCAUCCAUCAUUAGCAAGUACUUACAGUAACAUUGGUUUAAUACAUCGAAAAAUGGGUGAUUAUUCGACGGCAUUAUCAUUCUAUGAUAAAACGCUUCAAAUUCAACAAAAAUCUUUACCACCUAAGCAUCCAUCAUUAAUUGUCACUCAUGGAAAAUUAGCCAUAGUAUUAGAAGAUCUUCAUCGAUAUGAUGAAGCUAUUGGACAUGCUGAGAAAGCUGUCAAUAUCGCUACAGAUGCAUUCGGAUCUCAACAUCUAGAAGUAGAAAAACGACAACAAUAUCUCGAUAAACUUCAACAAGAAAAUAAAAAUGCCAUUAAACAAUGA